AUGGGGCAGAUGUCAAACCCUCUGCCCUUUAGGUACAACUUGGCCGAUUUGUUUAUUCAGCAAACUAACGACGUACUCAUGGAGGUUGUCUGGAAGGACAAUAUUGCUUGGCCAAAGCCAAUGUUUGGGGAUCUUCCGGGGUCGGGGUCUCCAAGGGGCUUUCGCACGUGGGACAUCCGUUCCACAUGGCUGCCAUGCGUUGAGCUUGUCAAGACAUCAAUCGGUGUACAAGUGGACAGACACAACUGCAGCGAACGACCUGCUACGUACAUGAUCUCGAGUACACGCAGUCCACCUCCACUCGCCGACACAGUAACGCGCUUGCAGAUUCUGAUGAAGUGCGCUCACGCAAAGCAUAUAUCGAAAAAAGGGUAUAGCAACACGAUCCACCACCGCCUAGUCCUUAAUCUCCGUAAUCUCCCAUUCAGCCCUCUCAGCCUGACGAUUGCGCCAUGCCUUUUGAAUGAUAAGUGCCAAUAUUCCACAGAGCACGAUAAAGACCACCACAAAAUCCAGGAUCACGCCAGGUUCUUCACCAGCCCAGCUGCGCUUGCCGAUGGUUUUGUGGGACAGGACUGUGGCCGAUCUGGGGAAGUUGAUUGCUGGCAUUGUGAACUUCUUGUUCAAUUUGCUGUUAUGCUUGAAGCUCUGUAUGGUAUCCUCGAGGGGUGUAUGACUGACGUGUUUGUGAUCGAAAAGCAAGUACUACCGUCUUCGUCGAUUGGCAAGUAUAUGACAGGGGAUAAUUCCGCGGGGCAAUUGCGGAAUCCUCGGAAGGUUGAGACCGGGGUUCGGUCCGUCGGCAUGGAGGGACCUGGCCGUGGUUGA